AUGACGGACAUUACCUCAUACAAAUUCAACCACACGAUGCUUAAGGUCAAGGACCCGAAAGCAAGUAUUGCUUUCUAUAAACAUCUCGGAAUGGAUCUGUUGUCAGAGUACAAGGUUCCGGAUCACAAAUUGGAGCUGUACUUUGUUGCCGGCGACUCGGCCAUAUCCGCGUCGCACGGAACGCACCAGAGCGAUCGUGAGGGCGUGUUGGAAUUAAGCUACAGCUAUGGGAUCGAAAACACAUCUGGCGGCGAUCAAGAACCCAGAGGUCUACGACCCGUUUGCUUAUCCGUGGAUAACGUCAAAACUACCUGCAAAGCCCUAUGCGAUGCUGGGUAUAGAAUAAAUUGCAACUCUGAGGAAGAGACCGCUCAUGUCCUCGAUCCCGAUGGGUUCUGGAUCAAGCUCAUCGCUCAUCGCUCACUGGGUCGCAUAGACGAUACCGCUACCGCGGACUGCAAGGGUUCCAAGGUCCAUCAUACUAUGAUUGGUGUCAGAGACAAAAAUGUGUCUCGGAAGUUCUAUGAGCAGGUCUUCGGCAUGACGUGGAAGUACGAACAGCACAGCACCCAGGCUGGUCGCGAUAGGUUCUUGCUCGGCUGUGGAAAGCCACAUACCAGUGGGCCAAGUGUCGACAUCUCCAAACCGGAUGUCAAGUGCGAAGGGCUUCUAGAGCUGCUUUGCAGCGAGGACACAAAGAACAAAGACGGCAUGGAACACCACAACGGCAACCUCGAGCCGGAUGAUCCUGGUCACAUUUGCAUUUCAGUAGAUGAUGUUCACGCGGCUUGCGAGCGACUCGAAAGUCUCGGCGUACAAUGGCAAAAGCGUCUCAUGGACGGGCCAUUCAGAGUCGCCUUCGUUCAUGACCCGGAUGGAAAUCUGAUCGAAAUAAUUCAGAACGAGAUGUACAAGCCUGUUAAGCACGAGGCGUGA